AUGCCCGCGAGCCAGCUCAGAGCCUCCGUCUCUCGUUCUAAACGUCCCCGCGCCGCCGCACACAAUGCCGGCGUCAAACAGAUGAAUAAGCUGCGUAGGGCCAAGUCGGGUCAGCGCUUCCAGAAGAUCCAUGGCCACACCACCCUUGAGGUGCAGCUUUCUGUCUGGACCGGAGUGGGUCCCCGCGGUACCCCCUUCUCCGACGGCCAGGCGGCCCGCUACUGCGAGUUCGCGUUCGAUUGCAUCGUCGAGGGCGAACUUUGGCUCGAGUGCGAGAACAAGCAGGUCACCAUCACCAACCCCGACACCGGGAAGCGUCAGAAGGUUUACCCCGUCUCGACCCUCGUUGCCCGUGGCUUCUCCGCUGCGGAUCCCAUCGAUGUCGACGCCCAAGACGACACUGAGCAACAGGCCAAGGCCGAGGCCGCGCCUCAGGACGUCUGCCUUGCGGACGGUGACGGUGAUGGUGACGUCACGCACAAGGAGGGCGGUGUCAACGCCUACGACAAGGACAAGGACCUGAAGAAGGACAAGGACCUGAAGAAGAGCAGCAAUGACGACGGCAAGAUGGUCGGUAACCCUCACGAGACUACGCACGAUGCCAAGGACAAGUCGGAGCUGGAGACCGUCCCUGCUCUUGACGAGGGCAAGGCCACGGCGGUUGACCAGGGCAACGAUGAUGGGAAAGACGCGGAGAGUGAGGAGGAUGACGAGUCUGUCUCCGACAGCGACAGCAUGAUCAUCGAGGACGAGGAGGACUACGAGGUCCAGAUCGUGAGCGAGGGCGCCUACCAGCCCGCUACGAAGCGCCGCCGUCUCGACGCCCUCGGCCGUGCUACCGACGUGAUCUCUGUCCAUCCAAACAUGGACAAGAUCACCGACACCCGCUGCCGCCGUUGCAAGCUCUACGGCCAACGCUGCUUCCACGGCACCGUCUUCGGCGAUGACACCCGCGCCGCCUCGUGUGCCGGCUGCGUAAGCGUUAUGGGUGAAUGCCUCUUCGAGCAUCUUUCACCCAAGCCAGCUAAGCACGGCAAUGGCGUCCACCCCGCGCCUUAUCCCCCCGAGCACACCUAUGAAGGGUUCUUAGAGCCUUCCAACCGUAUCCAUUACGACAACUUCCUGAAGAUGUUCACUGCCGCUGGUAUCCAUGACAACUCUUGGCGCGAGGAUGCCCUCGACCUCUACGACCAGGUGAAGGAGAAGGCUGACUCAUUCGUGGGCAUGCUGUACUUCAACCGCAGCGGCGAACUCGGUAUGGAAAUGCACCAGUAA